UAAUUGCAUAAUAGGUUCUUAAGGCAGAUGAAUAGCCAUUAGGCGACUGGAAGCACAUUCCCAAAUUUAGUAACUUUGUGAAGCCCGAAGCGACGAGACAUAUUAAGAAUUCGAAUCGGAGAAUCAUGAAGACAACUCUGCUGCUAACUUUUGUGAUGAUGACGCUUGGUGUGACAUUGAGUUUGGUUUUGGCCGGUGCUGAUGAUGAUGGUUACCUUUAUGGCCAGCCAUCCGGUGAGCAGCUGCAGGAAAUCCAAGCGGUCAGUCUUCCCAGGAAGCAGCGUUUAAAACCACGUGUCUACCCUCAGCAUCCCUCUCAAGGCUGCGGGAAUGUGGAUGAGGCGGACCACGUCGCUGCCCUGACCACCUACCAAGCCAAUCGCCCCCAACCGCGUCGCAUUUACAAACACCAGGAAAUCGAAGUGGAAAGCUCGUUCUUUGAGCCUUCCCAGGAGCGGAUCGAGGAACUCAAACGGAUUCUGUUGGAUCAAGAAUGAAAGUUAUAAGUCUUAGAAAUGCAAGGAAAAUUUCUGUUCUUAUAGCUAUUCUGUGAAGUGCCGAAAAUGUUCUUUGAGUUAUACAUAGUCAUGAAUCAACAAACUUCGCAGUUUAUAAUAAUAUUCAAAGACUUAUUCGGUGUACCAGAAAUGACUUAAAAUGUAUCAGUAAAAUCAAGGUAAUUAAUUUCUAAACUGACUCAAAGCUAUGUCUCCUAUUUUGGGAAGAUAAAUGUUUGUCAAUAUUUAGGUUAGAGAUUAUAUGUUAGAAACAAAAAGAGUUUAGAUAAAAAAUAAAUAUAGCUCUUAUUAAAACACUUU